AGUCACUUAAUGCAACAUACGCAAACAUGUGGGAUAAAAUUCUAUUCUUGUUCUGUGUAACUGCGACUUUAUGGGAAGUGAAUUCCGUGUAUCUGAAAAAUACCGUACCUACGGAAAAAUAUGUUCCCUGUAAUUUAGGAUUGUUACAUUUUGAUAAAGUUCGUGAAAAUUACUGGAAGUGCACAGUGAAUUUUGGACUUUAUGACAUGACAGAUGCUGUUAUGUCGAUCGUUUUUAAUAACAAAAUCAAUGUGGACACCUAUCCAAACAACUACUUCACAGUACAAAAAACAAACAAGUAUAGUCUCUUAAUAUCUUCGAAACAACUUCUACUGGAAAAAUUCGUCUUUAAUGUGUCUACAGAAAAUUUGAAGAAAAAUGAUAAUGAUGUUCCUGUUGUCAGUUUGUUGACUCUAAACAAUAUUCCUCUAUGCAACGAAAGAAUUAAGGCAGCGCUAAGAGCGAUACCAGCGAAUGUAACUCACAGUCAUUCAGGCAAGCUGCAUGCCCAUUUCUGUGGCAGAAGGCCCAUUAACCAUACAGAACUGGUUACAACAAGAACUGAGGCUCAACAGGGUGACUGGCCCUGGCACGUCGCUCUCUACUUGAAGGAGAGCCGAAAUACAAUAAGUUACCAUUGCGGUGGCAAUGUCAUUUCUAGAACUGCGAUUUUGACUUCUGCCCACUGUGUUUCCAAUAACGGUGUUUUAAGAAAUGUUAGCAGCAUCUACAUAGUUGCUGGAGUCAGUAAUUUAACAAACUCGAAGCAACCAGGAAGGCAAAAACUCGUUAUAGAACAAAUCAUUAUGCACCCAGCAUAUAAAAGCGGUGAUCCUACAUCAGAUUUAGCAAUAAUCAAAGUGAAAAAUAUUGAUUUUACGGAUUACGUUCAGCCUAUAUGCGUCUGGGGGCCCGUGUUUGAUAAACAUAAAUUUUAUUAUAAAGAAGCAACGAUGGUAGGCUUCGGUCUCACAGAACGCAAUAUGGUAUCCACAAUAUUAAGAUCAACUCACGUUAAAGUGCAAAAUGACUCUACUUGCACCUCUUUUAUGGAGACUUACAAAUUAUAUUUGAAUGAUUUCACUAUUUGCGCGGGAAACGGUCCUAACUCCACUGCAAAUCCUCUCAAUGGCGAUAGUGGAGGCGGACUGGUAUUUAGUACCAUGCAACCUGACCACAAGAUUAGCUGGUUCUUACGAGGAGUUUUUUCAAAAUGUUUUCCUUCUCCUGGUGCUUCCGUCUGUAAUUCUAGUUACUAUGUUGUGUAUACUGAUGUGGGACCAUACUAUGGAUGGAUUUAUUACCAUGCUGACCUAGACUUCAGUGAUAAUGUUAUGGUAUCAUACAUCAAUUAAUCAUCAUCAACAAUCCGCUGGAUCUCUUUAAAAAAAAAGGAAUUUGCUAUUAUCUCCGAACUUGUCAGGCGUAUUGCAGAUCACAAUUUAAAAGGAUCAGGUUAACAGAGAGCGGUGCUGCCCGGUUUAAAUAAGAGUCCUUAUUAAUUUUAGAAGAAAGUAUAACUUAUGCUGUUCAAAAAAUAAAACAUGCAAACCUCUUUUAUCUUCUAAAAUGCAACCUUUCAUCUCAAAAAAUCGGAAAUAUAUUAAAAAUUUCUUAAAGCAACAUCACCGGGCGCCGCUCUUGCAUAAUUUAUUAGAAUCUUAUUAAAAAGUGUCAGCGAAAGAAAAAGGAGAGGUUCGUAUUAUAAAAGUCUCUAUUAUGUCGUCCAAGUAAGUUGUUCUGUGAAAAAAUAAAAAUAAUUAUGUUGCCUUUGU